GUAGGAACAAAUCAGGAUAGUAGUAGACUGGUAUUAACGUAAAAUCGUAAAUCUAGUAGCGGAGCUACGGUGUUUAUAACUUAUAAUCCCAGCAAACUUCAAGAUUCGCCUUCCAACGACAACCUGCACCGCCACCCCGUGUUACGCCCUCCGCCGUUCAUUUUCUCCCUCCGCAGUUUACUCAACCACUCCACAUUGUCAACCCUAACACCCCAUCUCCAUCUUCUUCCUUCUGCAAAUCGCACCUCCAACAAUGGUGAAACUUUCUAUAAUAUUGUACAUUACCAUCGGAAUUUCCCUCCUCCUUUUCCUCUCUCGUUCUCCUAAGUUCGACGACUCCUCCAACCACCACUCUCUCCGCCGGAGAAACAACCACCGCCGCCUUAAACUCCGCUCCAACUUCACCUUCACGUCGCAAGACCACCUAGAACGUCCCGACCCACACCUCGAGUUCCGACACCAUCAGCACGAUCCGGUGGCGUUCGAUCCGGUCGUGGCGGAGAUGGAGCGGAAACGGGAAGACAAGGAGUGGGAGCGAAUGUAUUUCGAGGAGCACCACCAGGAGAUCGCUGGCCUCGCUCAACACGCCGAGGAAGAGAGGGAAAUUGAUCAUAGUUACGACCACGCUCAGGGGCAUGAACAGCAGCCUGAAUGGGAGGACUUCAUGGAUGCAGAGGAGUAUUUGAACGAUGAGGAGAGGUUCAAUGUGACUGGGAGAUUGUUGUUGUUGUUCCCGAGGAUUGAUGUGGACCCCAAAGAUGGUUACGCUACCGAGCACGAGCUGACGGAGUGGAAUUUGCAGCAGACGGAGAGAGAGGUUUAUCAUAGGACUGAGAGGGAGAUGGAGCUUCAUGACAAGAAUCGCGAUGGGUUUGUUUCGUUUUCUGAGUAUGAGCCUCCUAGCUGGGUUAAAUCUGCAGAUAAUAAUACCUUUGGAUAUGAAAUGGGUUGGUGGAGAGAGGAACACUUCAAUGCUUCUGACGUGAAUGGAGAUGGUCUUUUGAAUAUCACAGAAUUCAAGGACUUUUUACAUCCUGCUGAUACAAAGAACCCAAAGUUACUUCAAUGGCUGUGCAAAGAGGAAAUAAGGGAAAGGGACACAGAUAAAGAUGGCAAGGUCAACUUCAAUGAAUUUUUCCAUGGGCUUUUUGAUUUGGUGAGGAGCUACGAUGAAGAAGGGCAUGGGCACAAUUCUACUCAUCAUCCAGAUGAUUCUACUGAAACUCCUGCUGCUAGGAAAUGGUUCAAUGAGCUUGACAAAGAUGGUGAUGGGGUACUGACAGACCCAGAGUUGUUACCUAUUAUUGAUAAGCUUCAUCCUUCAGAACGCUAUUACGCCAAACAACAGGCAGAUUACAUCAUAUCUCAGGCUGAUACAGAUAAGGACGGGCGGCUUUCGCUGGGAGAGAUGAUUGAUAAUCCAUAUGUUUUCUAUAGUACUAUUUUCAGUGAUGAGGACGAUUAUGACUACCACGAAGAGCUCCGUUAAUUUUACAGUAGAAAGGAGUUUUUACUUAUUUCUCAAUAUUUCAAGUAAUGCAAGUUGUUGUAGAUUUAACAAAAGAUCAAAACGUGAUCAGGCGUCCUACUGUCCAAAUUUUUUGAUUGUGGAUCUCAGGCUGUUUUAAGAACUUCUCAUACAUGUUAGAUGUCAUCAAGAGUUUGACUUUGAGACGGUGACAGUUAUUGCAGUUGAUUUAGUUUUCACAGUGGGGUUUUCCAUGUAAAAGUUGACAAGUAAUUUGGUUUGUUAAUAGCUGUACGAUAGGAGUCUCCUGCAUACGGGAGAUAUAGUUUAUAGUUUAUAUAGAUGGACACACCGGCAUUGUUCAUUAGCGCUAUGGUAUUUCCAUGGAAAGGGUUGUAUGUUUUGGCUUUCAUAUAUUUAUUUAUGUAACCAAUUAUCAGCAACACCUAUUAGGUUAGGUUUACUUACAUUUUGUGAUUUUAGGUAUACGUUUGUUAUUUCUCUUAAAUUAAGAAUACGGAAUACUAUGCUCAGCUGAAAA